AUGACAAAGACUCCAGCCAGCUACGAGCCGCCUCGACCAGAGCGACCACAACCAGCAGACGCUGUUCCAGGACACACACGUCCAGGAGAACGCAACCAUACAUCUCGCACGUGGUUCGAGCACUCUUCCGCCCCACGAACGGAUACCGACACGGUGGUUGUCGAAGCUCUUCGCAAAGAGUACCCCGAGCUGCAUCUUACUGUCGUACCCAGCCUCCGAUGUGACAUUAUAGCGUAUGCGUCUGCAGGCCACGCCGGGCUUGCGCCGAUUGACAAAGAGAAGGAACGACUGUCGUGGCGACAGUACUUUCCUCCAGCAUCACGACUGAGCGGCGGGAAAGGCUUGCUCGCAGACGAUAUCAAGUUUGGCAAAUACCUUGUGGACUGGAAGAACAAAGAGUUUGUUCUAUACGUUGUAGAGGGAAGAGAUGGAAACUAUCCUUUCGGGGUGCAACGGAACCAAUAUGUGCUCUCGUCUUCAGUUCAAGCCACGAACGACCUCCUGCUAGAAGCUGGACAGUAUGGCAAUCUGCUACACAAUGAAGUCUGGGUCUUCGAUCAAGGAUACUGGCAGAAGUCUGCCGAUCUGUGGGAAAGUGUGCAGAAAGCGAACUGGAAGGACGUGAUUCUCAAGCCUGAGAUGAAGAAGCUCAUUAGAGAUGACGUCCUGUCCUUCUACGACAGUCGUGAGACGUAUGAGAAGCUGCGCGUACCUUGGAAGAGAGGUAUCAUAUAUUACGGGCCUCCCGGCAACGGUAAGACGAUCAGUGUAAAGGCGAUGAUGAACACGCUGUACAAGCGCGAAGAUCCCGUGCCGACGCUUUAUGUACGCACUCUCUCGUCGUUUGCGGGUCCAGAGUAUUCGCUUGGUCAAAUAUUCUCCAAAGCGCGAGCGACUGCGCCAUGUUUACUCGUGUUUGAGGAUCUGGAUAGCAUCGUCACUGACCAAGUGCGGUCAUACUUCCUCAACGAAGUGGAUGGCAUCAAGAAGAACGACGGAAUCCUAAUCAUUGGUUCCACAAAUCAUCUUGACCGCCUCGACCCUGGUAUUGUAAAGCGCCCAUCUCGAUUCGAUAGGAAAUACGAGUUCAAGAAUCCAGACGAGGGCGAACGGGUGAUGUAUCUGCAGUACUGGCAGGGCAAAUUAUCGGACAACAAAGAUCUUGACUUUCCUGACAAGCUCUGCCCAGCCGUUGCGAAGAUCACGAAGGGCUUCUCGUUUGCAUAUCUCCAGGAAGCUAUCGUCGCUGCGCUUCUGGCCAUUGCAAGACACGACGACGCAUUUGGCGAGAAGACAUGCUUGGAGUGCAUGCAAUCUCAUGCUGCGCCGAAGAACGGUUCUAGCUGUGACCAAGAAAGUGUGAGGCCCUUCAAGGGUUUGUAUGACUAUGUUUGGCUGGCUAAGCAGGUCGAUGAUGGAGACUCUGAUCUCGACGACUACGUGCUCUGGCGGGAGAUCAAGAAACAAGUCCGCAUCCUCAGGGAAGAAAUGGGCGACGACAACAGUAUUGCCAGAUAA